CGAGCGGGGGCGGGCGCAGCCUUGGAGCAGCUGGCCAGGAGGAGCAGCUGCGCUCGGGCUCUGCGAAGACCGAUGGGGCGAGCGCCAGGGCCCCUCCAGCUGUCAGCGCUGCCUGAGCCUGACCCCUCCUCCUCCGCAGUCCUCUUCCCGCCGCCGUCGCGUGUCCCCGUCUAUCUCCACCUAGCCUCCGGGGAGGGAAGCCAUGGCGUCCAGCGAGGAGGAGAGCGGAGCCGGCAACGGCUCGCUGGAAGAGAAGGAGAACGGCAAGAAGGGCCCUCGGCGUCGCGGCGCCAUCACCACCGCCUGGCUCAUCUUCUACAACAUCACCAUGACUGCGGGGUGGCUGGUAUUGGCUAUUGCCAUGGUGCGGUUUUAUAUGGACAAAGGAACACACAAAGGCUUGUACAAAAGCAUUCAAAAGACACUUAAAUUUUUCCAGACUUUUGCUUUACUUGAGAUACUCCACUGUGCAAUUGGAGUAGUGCACACAUCUGUGCUCGUGACUGGGGUCCAAGUGAGUUCCCGGAUCUUCAUGGUGUGGUUCAUUACACAUAGUAUAAAGCAGAUCCAGAAUGAGGAGAGUGUUAUUCUUUUUCUGGUCGUGUGGACUGUGACAGAGAUCACUCGAUAUUCCUUCUACACAUUCAAUAUGCUCAACCACUUGCCAUACUUCAUAAAAUGGGCCAGGUGGAGAAUUCCUUGCAGUUUAGUUUUUUAUUGUCCAGUGCUUAUCUCAUGCAUGCAAAAUCAGCAAGGAAGACAACAGCUGCAAGAAUUUAGUGCGUGUGGAGGAUGGUACAAUUUUUUCAUCAUCUUAUAUCCAGUAGGAGUCGUCGGUGAGCUCCUGACUAUUUAUGCUGCCUUGCCCUAUGUAAAGCGAUCGGGCAUGUUUUCAGUGAGGCUUCCCAACAAGUAUAAUGUCUCUUUUGACUAUUACUAUUUCCUUCUCAUCGUCAUGGCCUCCUAUAUACCAUUGUUUCCACAACUGUACUUUCAUAUGCUUCGUCAAAGGAGGAAAGUGCUUCAUGGUGAAGUGAUUGUAGAAAAGGACGAUUAAAACCACUCCCAUCAUGGUGCUUUUCAGAGUAACAAACCAAAUCCAUAAUAAGUUGCACAAGGCCAACUUUGAAGACAUGGAACAAGGAUAACCAGUGUGCAAAACCAACAUAGGUCAUUAUUAUUUUGUAACACUAAUAUUUUCAGACUUCAUUUUUCAUCUUUGCAUUCAUCUGUCGUGUUUCCUUUCCCUAUUUGGAAAAGAUUUGGUUGUCAAUCAUUUAUAUAUGACAAAAUUGAAACAAAAGAUCCAAUUUCAUUGGUUGGUCACAAAUCCUGGCUGGAGAGCUGAACUUUAUUGGAAAGCUGUCAUUCUGAACAUGGUCACUUAUCAACAUGAUCAACUAAAGUUCCUUGACCCUAGCAUACCCAGCUUAACUGUGGCUAGUAGAUGGCGAAGUCUCUGUGUACAAAGCAUUUCUGCAUGUACCUGAAGGCCUUUUGCUGCAGCCUCUUAAUACUUCAUGAGAUGCUGCUUCUCCGGAAGGCCCCAAGCCACUGAGAAAGCUUUUCAUGGGCAUGUAGAAAUGCAGUCAGGACUGGGACUGAAAAGCAUGUAGGAAACCAUGCACUCCACUUCAGAUCUUGGCCUGUUACCUUUCUUUUAAUGUUGGCCUAGGAACUCUGUGUUAAUAUCUUAAAAUGAGAAUUCAUAAACUAUUAUGUCAUUGUGAUUUUUAAAAUAAAUUCUAAGUCUACGUUAACUAGAUCAAUUCACUGAUUGCAUAGAAUUGGAAUUGUUUUCAGAAGUAUUUCCUUGAAACUAAACCCGCGGUGUUCUUUGUAAAUAUAGGAGACAGUCUUAAAUUCUGGAAUGAUUUAAAAAUUCCCUCAACUGCAAUUGCCCAUUAAAGGAAUUCACCAGAAUGUAACUUUAUUUUCCAUGCAAAAAUAUAUUGUUAAAUCAUAGACUAAUCUUUUAAAAGUAAAGUUUCAACUGUCUAGAUAACUUUAGAAUAUGAAGGGAUUUGUUGAUUUUUAAAAGCAAACCAAUAUUUUGCAUAUUCAAAAUACUGAAUUCAAAUAAUCAAAAGCAGAGACACAUAGGGAAGGUCAAUUACCUUCUGCAUAUACAAGGACAAUCCAUGAGACAUUGUAUUUUACUUUCUCAUGGAAGCACUGAUUUUCCUUUAUUUCAAUCCUUCCAGUAGGGGUGAGGAACCAUAGGGCUGGAUCCAAAGCGCCACACAAACUAGUUUAUUUUGUCGAAGGGGGCUUUGGACAUGUGUUUCCUACAAAGCAAUCCCCUGUGUAACAUAGAGAACUAGUUUUGAAAUUAAUGUCUUACUGCUCAAAAUUGGUGGCAGGAACUCAAAAUUUUAUGUGGUAUAGUCAAAUGAUUUGGUGUAUGUUUUGCAGCUUUUGGGAUCCUAGCCUCUGUGCCUUAACAUCAAACAUUAUAAAGCUUUGAUCAGUGGGGCAUAUGCAGAUCAAAUGCUGGGAAGACAAAGGACUGAAAUUGGAUCCUGUGUGUGGUGCAGGGAAUGUUGUCAUUUCUUUCCUUGCAUCUACAGUCUUACACAUACCCUGAAAUCUCUCUCCAAGGGAUCUGGGGAGCCUUCGAACCAUCUGGAUGUGGUGUGUUUGGGGGUGGGGGAAUCUACCAGUGGGAUGUACAUAUUCCUUGAACAGAAAUGCUUCUGUUUCUGCAACAGGAUCCUUGAAUCCAUGUCAUGAUGCGAAGGUUUAGCUUGUGAAAUCUUCCUUCCAGUGUACUUGAUUUUAUGUAUCACAUCCUUCCAAAUGGUAUAUUUCUGUGGGAUUAGGUGAAAAAUUCAUCAAACACACACAAUUUACUAUGGUUGUUUUUCCAGCAACGUAAUCAUUUUAUUUUAGUUGGGGCCGUGUUUUCUACAAUCAAGCGAUCAAAGGUGCUCUAACCAUGUAUUCCAUAUAACAUAAAAUGUUAAAAUAUAGCUGUUAAGAAUUUAAAGUCACUCAGCCAUGUUUAGAUUAAAAUGUUCCAAGUUGUAUCAAUGGAAUAUUUGCAAUAAUUGUUAAAUUCUGCCAAUUCAGGAUUUAAAAACUGGCAGAAUUUUUUUGCCAAUUCUUUUAAAAGCAUCUACUGUUCUUUGCAGUAUAUCCAGGCAGCUCUGUGAUACAUGUUACUGAAUUAGUGCAGAGAAGAACUAAUAUGGGAAAAGCCACUAUUUGUUCAUGAUUAAUAUAGUAACCUUCUUCUGGCAUUUUAACUUAUCAGUGCAUAAGUAAAUAUUAUGUGCAUCAUCCUGUCAUUCAGCUGUUCUUUGAAAACAAAUAUUGGAUUCUCAUGUAUGCUGUCUUGAAACUUGAGGAUGUUGUCAUACAGUAAACAAAGAAAUAUUGUAGGUAUAAUUUUUUUACCAUUUUGUACAUCCAAUAUUAAACAAUACAAUUCUUUCAA